AUGGUGCUCACCCUGCUCGUCUCCAUCUACAAACUGUGCCGGUUCUUCGCCAUGUCGGGGGCAGAGAGGCUGGUGGUGCCGGACUGCGUGAGCCAGCCUGGCUGGUGGGCAGGUGAGGGGAGCUCCAGGGAGCACCACAAGGUUUCCCCCAGCAUGAACAUGGAUGUACAGGCAGCCCUAGAUCGGAUCCUGCCUGCCCUGCACCUGGCCAUCUCCUCCGCCAAGCAGGCGGCUGGUCCCGCGGAGCUGAGGAGGGCCAUUGCAGAGGUCUUCCAGCUGGUGGAGGAAGCCUGGGGGAUGCCCACGCUGGGGAGGGAUGUGGCCAAAGUGCUGUGUGAUGCAAUCCGCCUGGAGGGUGGCCUGGACCUGCUGCUGAACCUGCUGCACACGGCAGAGCUGGAGACCAAGUGCGAGGCAGGAAAACUUCUGGAGCAGAUCCUGGUGGCAGAAAACAGGGACCGGAUCGCUCGGAUCGGUCUGGGAGUGAUCCUGAAUUUAACCAAAGAGCGAGACAUUCCCCAGCUGGCACAGAGUAUCUCUGGCAUCCUGGAGCACAUGUUCAAACAUACUGAGGAGACCUGUUUCCAGCUCAUCUCUGAUGGAGGCCUGGAUGCUAUCCUCUACUGGUGCCGCUGGAUGGACCCUAUUGUGCUGCGACACUGUGCCAUGGCCUUGGCCAACUGCGCCAUGUAUGGAGGGCAGGCUAACCAGCGCCUCAUGAUUGAGAAGAAGACAGCAGAGUGGCUUUUCCCACUGGUGUUCUCAAGGGAUGACGAGCUGAUUCGCCUGCAUGCAUGCCUGGCCAUCACAGUGCUGGCCACCAACAAAGAAAUUGAGAAGGAGGUGGAGCGGUCAGGGACCCUGGCUCUAGUGGAGCCCUUCAUCGCCUCUCUGGAUCCAGAGCAGUUUGCAUGUGACAUGUUGGACAGCAAUGACAACAGUCAGGGAAGGACAGCUGAUGACCUGCAGCACCUGGUACCCUUGCUGGACAGCUCACGGCUGGAGGCACAGUGCAUUGCUGCCUUCUACCUCUGCACAGAAGCUGCCAUCAAAACCAGGCAGAAGAAAACAAAGAUUUUCAGUGAGAUUGGGGCUACACAGAGCCUGAAGAGGAUAGUGUGUUACUCCACCAGCAGCACCACCUCUUCCCUGGCCAAAAAGGUGCUGCGUAUGAUAGGGGAGGAGGUGCCUCGGCGCAUCCUGCCCACUGUUCCCAACUGGAAAACCUUUGAGGUGCAGACGUGGCUGCAGCAGAUUGGAUUCAACAAAUACUGCCAGAGCUUCCUGGACUGCCAAGUCGAUGGGGAUUUGCUCCUGCGACUGACAGAGAAGGAACUGCAGGAAGAUUUGAGGAUGGACUCCAGCAUUACUCGGAAGAGGUUUUUCCGGGAGCUGACAGAACUUAAGACAUUCGCAAACUAUUCCACCUGCGACCGCAGCAACCUGGCUGACUGGCUGGGCAGCAUCGACUCCAAGUUUCGCCAGUACACAUACAACCUACUGACGUGUGGCAUCGAUCGCAACUUCUUGCACCGUGUGACGGAGCAGCAGCUGCAGGAGGACUGCCACAUCGACACGGGUUUCCACCGCGUCCGCAUUCUCUCCGCCGCUAGGGAAAUGCUUCACUCCCCUAUAAUGCCGCAGAUUUCAUCCAAUGGGACCGAUGUAUUUAUCAGCUACCGAAGAAGCACAGGGUCCCAGCUAGCCAGCUUGCUGAAGGUCCAUCUGCAGUUGCAUGGCUUCAGUGUUUUCAUCGACGUGGAGAAGCUGGAGGCAGGGAAGUUUGAGGACAAGCUGAUCCAGAGUGUCAUAAGUGCCCGAAAUUUUGUGCUGGUCCUCUCGCCAAAUGCACUGGAUAAAUGCGUGGGAGAUCCUGAAUGCAAGGACUGGGUGCACAAGGAAAUUGUGACAGCCCUGAACUCUGGAAAGAAUAUCGUGCCAGUUACAGACCAUUUUGAGUGGCCUGAUCCACAGACACUUCCUGAGGACAUGAGAGCUGUCCUGAAAUUUAAUGGCAUCAAAUGGUCCCAUGAAUACCAGGAGGCCACAAUUGACAAAAUCAUCCGCUUUCUUCAGGGCCGUUCCUCCCGGGACUCUUCAGCUGGGUCAGAGAAUGGCCUGGACUGCUUGCCCUCUCUUGGACAGACCUAG